CGCCCCCGCUCCCCGUUUGUCACUCCCUCUCCCUCUCGGCUCCCGCACCCGCCCCGCGCGCGGCUGGAACUUUCUCCCGCUGGGCGUCCGGCUCCUCGCGGCCCUGGGAGCCGGCUCCCGCCCGGAUCGAAGCACAACUCCAGGCCGAGGCGAGGGCCAGAGCGAGAAGAAGCGGGUGCGCGCGGCUUGAGACGCGGUCCCGGCCAGCGCCAGCCCCGUCGCCGGUCGCCGCGCCGCCCGGCGAGCCCCGCCCGGCCCCGUGCGCCCCGCCCGGCCCACGAGGCCAGCAGCAUGCGGAGGAACCAUCAUACGUGGCCAUCUGUGACUUCAAGGGAGCCGGGAAGAGUAUAUUGAACAAGACGUAUUAGUGUCCUGAACAAAAUCGAGACGAUGUUAAUGAGAAAAGAGGGAAUAAAGGUAGAACGGCAUGACAUGAAUACCCUCAGCCUACCCCUGAGCAUACGCCGAGGGGGGUCAGACACCAACCUCAACUUCGAUGUCCCAGAUGGCAUCCUGGACUUCCACAAGGUCAAACUCAACGCUGACAGCCUGAAACAGAAAAUCUUAAAGGUCACCGAGCAGAUAAAAAUUGAGCAGACAUCCCGAGACGGGAACGUGGCCGAGUACCUGAAACUGGUCAGCAGUGCAGACAAGCAGCAGGCCGGGCGCAUCAAGCAGGUCUUUGAGAAGAAGAACCAGAAGUCAGCCCACUCAAUUGCCCAGCUGCAGAAGAAGUUGGAACAGUACCACAGGAAGCUCCGGGAGAUUGAACAGAACGGCGCCUCCAGAAGCUCGAAGGACAUUUCUAAAGACAGCCUGAAGGAAAUACACCACUCUCUGAAGGAUGCCCAAGUGAAAUCUCGAACUGCUCCCCACUGCCUGGAGAGCAGUAAAUCGAGCAUGCCAGGGGUAUCCCUCACGCCCCCCGUGUUUGUCUUCAAUAAGUCCAGAGAGUUUGCCAACUUGAUCCGGAAUAAGUUUGGCAGUGCUGACAACAUCGCUCACUUGAAGAAUUCCCUGGAAGAGUUCAGGCCUGAGGCCAGCCCCAGGGCUUACGGGGGCAGCGCGACCACUGUGAACAAGCCCAAGUAUGGCAGCGAUGACGAGUGUUCUAGCGGCACGUCAGGCUCGGCUGACAGCAAUGGGAACCAGUCCUUUGGGGCUGGCGGGGCCAGCACGCUGGACAGCCAGGGGAAGCUUGCCGUGAUCCUAGAGGGACUGAGGGAGAUCAAGGAUACCCAGGUCCAGCUGGCAGAGGAUAUCGAGGCACUGAAGGUGCAGUUUAAGAGAGAAUAUGGCUUUAUCUCUCAGACUCUGCAGGAGGAGAGGUACAGGUAUGAGCGACUUGAAGACCAGCUUCAUGACCUGACAGAGCUGCACCAGCACGAGACUGCCAACCUAAAGCAGGAGCUAGCCAGCGCCGAGGAGAAGGUGGCCUACCAGGCCUAUGAACGCUCAAGGGACAUCCAGGAAGCCUUGGAAUCUUGCCAGACGCGCAUCUCCAAGCUGGAGCUGCAUCAGCAGGAGCAGCAGACACUGCAGACGGAUGCCGUGAACGCCAAGGUGCUGCUGGGGAAAUGCAUCAACGUGGUUCUGGCCUUCAUGACCGUCAUCCUGGUGUGCGUGUCCACCCUCGCCAAGUUUGUCUCACCCAUGAUGAAGAGUCGCUUCCACAUCCUCGGCACCUUCUUCGCUGUGACUCUUCUAGCAAUAUUUUGUAAAAACUGGGACCAUAUCUUGUGUGCCAUAGAAAGAAUAAUAAUCCCAAGAUGAGCCACCGGUUCCUGCCUUCACAUUCUCUCAAGUUUUUAUUUUGAAGAGAACUCUGUGCAUACUACCAAAUUUCUGAAUGAACGGCUGUGCCAAAGAUGGCAGCAAGGACUGGAGCUGUGCGGUGUAAAUAAUUAGAGCCUCUUAACCUGGUAGCAGUUGCCAACUCGGUCCCUGUUCGUGAUUUAACCGUGAAACUGUCCCAGAGUUCUCCCCACAUUGCUCACUGCCUUAAUCAGAGCAGAUCUCCAGCCCACCUGGCGAGCUCGGCACCCUAAAGCCCUGUUCACUGAGCACUUGGCAUAAAGAAUGACCCAGAGGGAAGGAGCCUCCCGCUACUUCCCAUGAAUCUCUGUCACAUUGAGCUUUAUGUUUGCUAACAGCGGUGUUCUGAGUCCCAGGAACAGCAGGGAUAUGUCAGGAUCCAGGGAAGCAAGCAAACGCAGGUGACUGGCAGUGGUGAGCUCCUGGGGGUCUGUGGAGGCUCAGUGUCUCUCUGAUCUCUCCCUCUUGUCCAUGGGCGGCUCUGUGUCCUGUUAUGUGCCCAGUGUUCACAUUGGCCAAUCGUGUCUUGUCGCUGUAACAUUGAAAUCUACCUGCUCAUCCAGCAGAGGUACUAAACGGUAGUACCACACUUUACACUGUAGACACGAGGCUUUGCAGAUGGGCUUUCCUCCUCUUCCGCCCAGGGCACCACACACCUGAUUUCAUCUUCCCUGGUCAGCAGCACCCUACCCUCGGGGCAGGCAGCAGUGCUUUUGUCAUCUGUAGCUUUGGUAAUGUGGGGUCCUGAGAGCAUCCCUGGGGAGGCUUGUGCUCUGGCAAUGGUUAAACUGUGAUAAAUCCCCUCGAAGGGCGGCAUGCACUUUCUGUGAUUCACUUUGCUCACAGGUCUGCAGAGAUCAAAUUGAAAAGCUUGUACAAGAAAUGACACUCGUGUAGCCCGGGUUCUAUUUUUCUCAAAGACAGCAAAAUCAAACUUUGUAAAGCGUGUGUGUGUCCUCCAGUGAGGCAGGACACUGGAGGACUACGAGGGAUGGGAAGUCUUGCUCUCAUCGGAUGGUGGCUAGAUUAGUGUGAGCCCUUCACCCAGAUGAAAUCAGGAGGGCCUGCUUAGGGGCGCGAAGGGCAGCAGGAAUGAGAUAAGUCCAGCGCUGAAGCUGGGUUGCUGCCGUCUGUCUCAUAGCUACAUACGGGCUCUGAGGACAUGGGAUAAACAUGGCUAGUGAGCAGGAAUAGUGCAAGGGCUGUCGUAUUUGAUGGCUGCCAUUUAACUGGCAAAUCCGGUUUUCUGUGUACACCACUAAGGGGAGAGAGCAGAUACUGCCACCCACCCCCUGGUCCUCCCAGCCCACCUGCUGAAGGCCUAAAGAUACUCUUAAAUACCUUCUUCCAGAAGACACUCUUCUUAGAUUUAAGUAUCCUCACUUGCAAAUGGCUGUCCUUAGGGACAUUCCCUGGGGGUUGAGGGGUGACAGCACAUGGCAGUUUAGCACAAGUCCAGCUCAUGUGAAUGGGACCCACACAACUCCAACUUUUGCCCACACUCCCAGUUUCUAAGUCAAUAAUUCAAUAAUCCUAGUGAAGUCACAAAGUGUUUAACCAUCACCCCUGGCCAAAUCCUAAUUAACAAAACUUCAUGAAAAGCAAAGGAUUUUGAAGUCAGGGAUGGGGGAGCUCCCAGCCCCACUCCAUCCAUGGCUUUGUCUCCACACAGGACACAGAUGGGGGUUUCUAGUCCAAGUGGGGAGGAAGGGAAAACCACAGCCUUCCCUCAUUCUUGUAUUUUAACGGCCAUCUCCCUUACCUAUAGGCAUCAGACGCCAUCUGCCUACACCUUGGAGCAAGCUGGGCCCUGCUUCAGGUGUGGAAUGGCCUCCCAUGCUUAUUUGUGAAUAUUUCCAAGUGGCACUCAGAACAUGCCAGGACCUGGGAGGCUCAGUUAGGGCUCCAGGAGAACCUAGGAAGAGGCGUUUCUGUCCCUAUCCCGGCAUAGGCCGACCUCCACCCCUGCACAGACUGCUCUUGAGUGACACUCUUCAGACCUGUGACUUGCGUUUCUUCUCUCUGACGACAAAGUAGGGAAGAAAGUCCAAAACAGUACACUUCACACCUUCUGACCGAGCUUUGGACAGAAUCUGUUAGACACUGGCACCAUUCUGAACUAAUGGAGUUGGGGGCACCCAAAUCACUAUGAAUCCCUUCUGAAGAACGUUGAUUCCCAUCUAUUGCCAUUAAAUGUCAAAUCAGCUUCUUUGCCUGGGUAUGCGCAGUCCAUAUGGCAUACAUGUUUCAGGCUUAUGGAAAAUUUGUGGAGCAUCUUAUUUUCAAUAAGAUUGUUUAGUUCAAGGAGACUUUGAUUCCACAGUUCAUUAUUCUCUUAAGGGCUAUAACCCCUCUUUCAUUCUCUUGAACAUGUAACCUACACCGUGAAGGAAUGAAUCGUAUAAAUAUAUAAUUAGAGAUACCUGGGCAGACCCUGAAAUUAGAACUGAGUCACAGUGGCAUCAGCCCAUCUUGUUUUGCACUUUACAUUGGGAGUAAAUAUCCCCUGAUUCCUCCUGGUGAAAACCAGUUGUGGGUGAAGUAGGUGAGUUGGUGAGGAAUUCUAGAUGCUGGUCUCUGGAUCCUGGGUGACAUUGUGAUGAUCAGUUACCAGGAUAGUGACCCCUGAGGACAGAACAGAACUUGAAAAUAUUAAGAAUAGUAAAUAUUAAAAACGUUCCGUCUAUGGGUUUUGAAUUUUUUUCAUCAGCUUGUAUUUUAUAUAUGAUUAAGCUGGAACAAAAACUCCACCCCUCAAAAAAAAAAAACAAAAAAAAAACAACAAAAAAAAAAAAAAACAACAACAAAGCAGCCACCCACAGUGAAUCUGUAACUGAAAGUGCACCGGCUGAUUUUGGACUGUGAACACAGGAUUCUCCAUCUCAAGAUCCAGGCUUGUGGCUUAGUCGUUUCCAGGUUCCUGUCAGCUGGCACUCAUCCACACUAAGGCCCUGUCACUCUUGUUUUUGUUUAAGCUUUGCCCUCUGUGUGCUCUCUAACAUAGCAGGCUUAAUUACAGGGUGGAAUGUGGUGAGGGAGCUACUCUCCCAGCCCCCAGCAACUAAUUACUUUGGUUCUUUUGGGUUGAAUGUUAAAUACCAAACUAUCUGUGUGUGUUCAAUGGGAAUGUAUAGUGGUUUUGUUGUUUUUGUUGUUUCAUUUUCGGUGUUGAAUCCAGAUCUAAUUGUCUGGGUUGGGAAAAGCACAUAAACUUAUUGACAAGGAAAUGUGUGAGUAAACAGCCUAUUUUGCAUGUUUUCUUCAUUCUGACCUUCGGCUGGGGUUUAUUUGGAGAGAUGGUUCAAAGUUAGCAGGUAACUUUUAAGGGGUCUAAAAAGACCAAUCACAGAAAACAGCUAGAUUGGCCUGUUUGUAUCAGAAAGAGAUCAAGCGCUUUAAAAAAAAGAUGUGUCAUUAAUGGGAAUUGAGUAACUUGUUAGAAGUAAAGUCAAAGUCUAAUUUUCUGCCAUGGAUGCAGGUCUGUGCUUAGAGAGGCCGGAAGUGACGUGACACCUAGGAGGUCUGACGGUGGCUUACAUGUUGCAGUUCUCAUCUAUCUAAAGCAUGUCUACUGUGUUUGUCCUAAAAGAAACAUUUCAACUAAUCAUGCUGUGUGUUUUAGAUGCACUGGGGCAGUAGUGUCAGCUCUGACUGUAACGUCAGGAAUGCUGAUCGCAGCCUCUGUUGCAGAACUCCCAUCUUGUGGGAUGCUACAUAGUUUUCUGUAUCUGCCUAAAAUUGUAAUUUCUCUGUAGAUCUUCCCCCACGGCGGUGUCAUCAACGAAUUCAAAGCAGGUGCCAUUAUUUUUUAAACACUUGAUGUUUGCUUUGGUGUUAAAUAAAAGAACUAGAUUUCUAAAA